AUGACGAUUAAGUUAGUCGUUGGAGGGCUCACCUUGAACAUUAUUAGUGCCUAUGCGCCGCAAGUGGGGUUGGACGAGGAGACAAAAAGGCACGUUUGGGAGGACUUGGACGAAGUAGUGGUCAGUAUACCGCCUAUUGAGAAGCUAUUCAUAGGAGGAGAUUUCAAUGGGCACAUUAGGUCUGUUUCGAUGGGCUAUGAUGAGGUGCAUGGAGGAUUUGGCUUCGGGUGUAGGAACAGUGGAGGAGCCUCACUCCUGGAUUUCGCAAAAGCUUUUGAUUUAAGGGUGGCCAACUCGAGUUUCCCAAAGAAGGAAGAGCACUUGGUCAUACCAAGUGAGAAUCUUACGACCCAACAUAAACUAUUAGUCAUGGACUUGGAGAUAAGAAGGAAGAAGAAGAAGAGGGUCGUGGAUGACCGACCGAGGAUUAGGUGGGGUCGUUUGACUCCGUCUAGUGCCUUAGAGAUGGGGGAGAAGCUGAUGGCUAUGGAGGCGUGGGAUAGUAGGGGUAGGCAAGCACUAUUUGGGAUAGGACGGCCAGCUGUAUUAGGGAAACAGCUAGAGAGGUGCUAG